CGGUCGUUUAUAGCCUUGACCCUCCCUCUUGAUACCAUGUCUCUGACUAGCAAAAAGGAUGAGGAGAGCGGCCUCAGCGCGUACUACAACAACAAGACUACAGUAAUUCAAGAGGCUCGCGUCUUCAAUGAUACACCUGUUAGCCCACGGAAGUGCAGGGCACUCCUCACCCGCAUCGUCUACCUGCUUUAUGUUGGCGAGACAUUCAACACACAGGAGGCCACUACUUUGUUCUUUGGGACUACCAAAUUGUUUCAGCACAAGGACAGUGCGCUCCGUCAAAUGGUAUACCUGGCAAUCAAAGAGCUCGCCACGACCGCGGAGGACGUUAUUAUGGUGACGAGCAGUAUCAUGAAGGACAUGCAGCCCAACUCGGAGGUCAUCUACCGACCGAACGCCAUCCGUGCGCUGUGCCGUAUCAUAGACCCUUCUAUGGCACAAGGUGUAGAACGGUUCUUCAAGGCUGCAAUUGUGGACAAGAACACAUCGAUCUCCUCUGCUGCGCUUGUCUCGGCAUACCACCUAUUCCCCUCCGCAAAAGACGUUGUAAAGCGUUGGGUAAACGAAGCGCAAGAGGCCGUCAACGCGAAGUCUUCUGGUAGUUUCUUCGGAGGCAGCACUGCCGGCAAUUCAUAUCUUGGUUGGGGCAGCUCGUCUUCCUCAAGCAACAGUGGAUACCAGACCAUGCCGUCGACCAGCUACGUCACACAGUACCAUGCCCUCGGCCUUCUCUACCUUAUCCGCCAGCAGGAUCGUAUGGCCGUCACGAAGAUGAUCCAGCAGCUUGGCGGUGGCAAGACAGGCUCCGGCACGGUGCUGAAGAACCCGAUGGCCCUGUGUAUGCUCAUCCGGUAUGCGGCGAAGGUUAUGGAGGAGGACCCUAACGUGCAGCGCCAGAUGCUUGACCUCAUUGAGGGCUGGCUACGCCACAAGAGUGACAUGGUUAACCUGGAGGCCGCUCGUGUCAUCUGCGAGAUGAAGAAUGUCACAGCCGCACAGCUUCAGAAACCCAUCGCCGAGUCUAAUCACAGAGAACUAGUUUUGCAACUCUUCUUAUCGUCUCCGAAGUCCUCAUUGCGCUUUGCGGCUACACGUACGCUCGCCAGCUUGGCUCUCAUGCAUCCCACUGCUGUUGCGACAUGCAAUCUCGAGCUCGAGCAGCUUAUCUCUGAUGCCAAUCGCAGUGUUGCGACUUACGCUAUCACCACUCUACUCAAGACCGGCAACGAGGCUUCAGUCGAUCGUCUCAUCAAGCAGAUUACUGGCUUCAUGAGUGAGAUCAGCGACGAGUUCAGGGUCAUCAUCGUCGAUGCUAUCCGUUCGCUGUGCCUCAAGUUCCCUGCCAAGCACGCAUCCAUGCUCUCCUUCCUUUCUGGUGUUCUCCGUGACGAGGGUGGAUAUGACUUCAAGCGCGCUGUCGUCGAAGCCAUGUUCGACAUGAUAAAGUUUAUCGGCGACUGCAAAGAGCAGGCACUCUCCCAUCUAUGCGAGUUUAUUGAGGACUGCGAGUUCACGAAGCUCUCUGUCCGCAUCUUGCAUCUUCUUGGUGUCGAGGGUCCGAAGUCGUCGCAGCCGGCUAAGUAUAUCCGUUAUAUCUAUAAUCGUGUCGUUUUAGAGAAUGCCACUGUGCGCGCUGCGGCUGUGUCGAGCCUUGCUAAAUUUGGUCUUAACGGUCUUGACGAGAAGCUGAGCAAGAGCAUCAAAGUGCUUCUUAACCGAUGCCUGGACGAUGUCGAUGACGAGGUCCGAGAUCGUGCGGCUAUGUAUCUGAAGGUUUACCAGGAGCCGCCACUGGCUGAGGCCUACGUCAAAGAAGAAUCUGUCUUCUCGCUAUCCGCCCUUGAGGCCAAACUUGUGUCCUACAUCAGCGACCCCGAGGCAGUCGCAGAACCAUUUGACGUGUCGUCGAUCCCUAAGAUUAGCCGCGCGCAGGCAGCCAAAGAAGCAUCCCGACCAAGUACGCUCGAGACACUGGGCGCGCCCAGUACAUCUAGGACCGCUACGCCGCCACCGCCAACAGCCGCAGAGACUCAAUCUGCCUACGCCCAACAGCUGGCAGAGGUGCCAGAAUUUGCAUCCUACGGACCUGUGCUCAACAGCAGCACUAAACCUGCACAGCUUACAGAAAACGAGACCGAGUAUCAGGUAUCUGUGGUCAAGCACAUUUACAAGGAGCAUGUUGUCUUCCAGUUCAACGUGUCGAACACAAUCCCAGAUACUGUUCUGGAGCAAGUGUCCGUUGUCAUGCAAGCACAGGGCGAAACAGGGCUGACAGAAGAUUUCCUGAUGCCGAUCCCGCAGCUGUCGUCGUCCAAUUCGCCCAGCAUCAUGUACUACUCCUUCACACGGGACACGCCAGACGAGUACCCGAUGGGCUCGUUCUCGUGCGUACUCAAGUUUGUGAGCAAGGAAGUGGACCCGUCGACGGGAGAGCCGGAGGCGGAAGGGUACGAAGACGAGUACCAGUUGGAGGAUUCGGAGCUGUCGGCAGCAGACUACGUUGUGCCGACGUACGUUACAUUUGCGUCCGAGUGGGAUCGCAUGCGUGGUGGGGUCAACGUUACAGAAACCUUUUCACUUCCAGCGAUGGAAUCUCUCAAGGCUGCGUGCGAUUCGAUCAUAGAGAUUUUGAAUAUGCAGCCGCUCGGUGGGAGCGAAGAUCCCCAGUCGUCGACCGUGCAUACGCUGCAGCUGUCAGGCCUUGUCGCGGGCGGAGGAGGCAAGGUGCUCGUGCGGUCCCGGAUGACCUACUCAAAGGGGCAGGGCGUUGCCCUGGAGCUGGGUGUUCGGGCAGAAAAGCAGGAGUCAGCAAGUCUGGUUGUUGCGGCAAUUAUGUAGAAAGCUUGUGGGUUCUGUCACCUGGUGUUUUAUUCUCGACUGUGGAAUAUUGCGAAUUUCUUUCUAUGU